CUUAAUUCUUAUUUAAGUUUUUACUAUCGAUUAUCAUUAACACUAUUUAUAUUAUGAUUUAUCAUCGUUACUAUUGUUACUCUUAUAGUAAUGAUUAAAUUUAAUCAGCUGUGAUUAGUUAACAUUUAUCUCUGACCGUGUAAACAAAUUGGGUUAACCAUUUUUAUCUUGAUUACGUUUCAAUUUGAUUUGUUUGAUCAAAUCAAUCACAACUCGUCCAUCAAUCAAUCAACAUCUAAUUAAUCAAAUUUAUCACAAUCAAUUGUUUCCUUUUAAUUUGUGCUAAUCAAUUACUAUCAACAAUCAACAUUUUCCAAGAUCAAUUGGUUUUACUUUUACUAAUCCUUUUGAAAUUUUUUGUUUCCACAAUUUGGUUCAUCAUUUUGUCCUGAAAACUUUUCUCGUGAUAAUCAAUUGUUUUCACAAUUGUGAUUGUGUCCUUGAUUCGGAUUAAUUUAGAUUCAAUUAAAUUUCUGUGUAAUUGUUAAUUUCACUGAUUUUCUCGUCUCUCUCUCUCUCUCUUUGUUUCCUCUGGUUAAGAACCAGAAAAAGUAGUUUUCUCAAUCAACUCUCUCUCUCUCUCUCCUUCUUUGUCUCUCUCUCUCUCUCUCUCUGGUUUUUGGGUUUAACCAGAAAAACGAUCAACUUGAUUUGAUUAUAAAUCUUUUACCUUUGGAUUACAACAAUUAACUUCUAUUGUUCCUCUGUGAUUAAUCUAAAUCUCUCUAAAUCAAUAAGCCAUGACAUCGGACGGAAAUUGGUUUGAUGCUUUUCGACCCACUGGAGGUUCACCUUUGUAUCUCGAUUCCAAUCGAACUCCAUCUUUGAUUGAUUCUCGAAUUCUGUUCAUCUUAUUAACAUUCACUACUGCAGAAAUUGCAUUCCUACUAGUAUUACCUGGAAUACGUAAAGAGAAAAUUUCAACAUUUAUCAUAGUGAGUUUAUCGUUGUUCAUUGGAUGUACAAUUACCGUUGCUCAUUGUGGUUCGAGUUGGCAUAUCGCCGAGACGUCAAUUUCUAGCGCUUAUAAGGCAUUUUCCAAGGAGAAAAUAUUUGCCGAUGUUGGUGUUUACAUCGGACUGAAAAGUGUCAAUAUAACAUUGAAAGCUAAGUCAACAUAUCAUAAGGACGCUGAAAAUAUUGAUUACAAUGAGCGUUUCUAUUGGAUCGGUGCUACCGAGAUGAAACAAGAAUAUCGAAGUGCUCUGGAAAAGGGACUUCCGUAUCCUAUUUUAACGAUAUUAGAAUAUUUAUCAAAGGGAGACGAAGGUUUCUGUUGGGGGAGAAAGUAUCGGCUAGCGGGUUAUUAUGGUUCGACACUGCUUAAUAUGGCCUUUUGUUUGUGGCUUUUAAUGAUUGUGUUACUUUGUGCUGUUCCAAGAUACGGAAUUUACGCUUUACAAUCAACGGGAGCGCUUAUGUUGUGUACCAAUGCCAUCUAUUCACUGCUUAUACCUCCUAGUCCUCUGAAGAUUCAAUUUCCAGGGGGAACUCUGAGUUUCAGCUACGGUUGGUCCUAUUGGUUAGUGUUGGGUGCUGGUUUAUCAGCGCUCACAAUAGGAUCGAUAAUCGUUUUGAUUGACAUUUUGUUUCCUAAUAAAUUUUCAACCAUUUUAGAGGUUGAUUAUGAUACACCUUAUAGAUACUUUGUUGGUAAUGAUGCUCAUCUUUUUGGUGGAUUAGCAAACAAUUGUAUCAACACUGGUACGUGUCUUCAUUCACAAAGUAAUGGUCAUCAUCAGAUUGCAUCAAUGACCAAUAGUUCAUCAACCGAAUCAACUUGUUGUGGUAACCACAAUACAAAUCUACGUCCAGGUAAUUGUCCACCUAAAUUACAAUCUUCAAAAAGUAAUGCUUCUGUUUGUACAACUGAAUCUUAUCCAGUUACUCGAGCUCAUACCAACAAUAAUAGUAAUCUAAUUGUCUCAACAACACGAGCAAUCAUUGAGAAACAAGGUCAAGAUAAUGAAGCAUUUGAUCAUGAAGAUGGUAACAAGAACAAUAUUCUUACAGGUAAAAGUGUCAAGAAGAACAGUCUCCAAUCAUCAUCUUCCGCAUCUUCAGCAUCUCCAUCAACAUCAUCGGCAACUUUAAGUGCCUCCGAAUCAACAUCAUCUUCAACCGGUGAAAAUCAAACCGAUGAAAUUAGCACUGAACUUAUUCAUGGUAAAAGAGCAAUUUCUUUAUCCAAUUUCGGUCGGUUCACCGCAGCUCGACAAGAACAACAACAAUCAACUCAGAAUAAUCAACAAUCACCUUUCCAAAGAUCCAACGAUGCCAUAUUCAUUAAAUCAUCUCCAAUUCCAGGUACUCACCUUUAAUUUAAAUGUUAAUGGAAAAACCAAACAAACUGACCGAAUACACAAUCGGUUUUGUUGAUGAUGGUCAACAAUUUAUCUGAUUUGUAUAUUCACCAACCAACACUAAACAUUUCAUACUCAUCAUCACGAACUCGUAUCAUGAACCAUCAGCAUAGAUACAUAAUAAAAGUGGUCAUCCUUUUGUUGUUAAUAACAAUUUGAUUUUUUUUUCUGUUGGUCCUGUUCAUUAUUCAUCAUGUAUUCUUAUCCUGAAUCAGAAUAUUGUUUUCAAGAUGAACUUUGUUGUUUUCUUCCUACUGAGCUGGUCAGUUGCGUGUGAGAAAAACAAUCUUACCCAAUUAGUACCUAACGUCCAGUUUUCACACUUUGGGCUCCGUUUGGUCAACACUUUCUCAUUCGUAUUCCUUUUUAUCUAAGUCAAUUUCAUUGUCUUCCCAACAUUUUCCUUUAUCCUCAUCAUCAUCUCAUCAUCUUGAUCUUCUCAUACACACUCACUCAUUCACCUAAUCAACUGAAUAAAUUAAUAAAGAAACUUUUUGCUUUUUCUUUCCAAAAUCGA